AUGGAUUUUGGACAUGAAAACUAUGUUUCAUGGACUCUCGUGUCCUUAGAGCAUCUCCAACGAUGCUACUUCCCUGUGGCACUGAUCGGUUAUUGGAUAUUUGGAAACAAUGUUCAAGACAAUAUCCUCAUCUCAUUAGAGAAACCCACAUGGCUCAUUGCAAUGGCUAACAUGUUUGUUGUUAUUCAUGUUAUUGGAAGCUAUCAGAUUUAUGCAAUGCCGGUGUUUGACAUAAUAAAAAUGGCUUUGGUAAAAAAAUUGAAUUUCGAGCCCGCAUUAAUGCUUCGCUUUUUUUCACGAAAUAUAUACGUGGCAUUCACGAUGUUUGUUGGCAUUACGUUUCCUUUCUUUGGUGGUCUUCUUGGAUUCUUUGAAGAAGCAUUUGCCGCUACAACAUACUUUUUACCAUGCAUCAUGUGGCUUGUUAUCUACAAGCCGAGGAGGUUCAGCUUGUCUUGGGUUACUAACUGGAUCUGCAUUAUACUCGGUGUUCUUUUGAGGAUCUUGUUGCCUAUUGGAGGGGUAAGGCGAAUUAUAAAAGAUGCAAAGGGCCAUCAAUUCUACUCGUAA